AUGAAGCUCAACGCUAUCCUCCUCUUCUCCCUCUUCGGCCUCGGCCUCGCUACUCCCGUCACCACCGACGACCACCUCGCUGCCCGUGGCGACAACGCUGACCUCAACAACGACGGCUCCUUCAUCCCCCAUCCCAAAUGCGAUGCCAACGGCCAGUGUCCUCAGUACUUCGGCUGCAGAAACGGCUAUUGCUACUGCCUCCCCUACCACCCCUACAGAGAUCAGCUCAAACAGAGACGUAUUCACAAAGCGUCGGACCUGACGCCCGACGACCGUGAAAAAUUAGACCGCUUGCGCCAACCCGCAGCGGAACGAGUUGCUGGUGGGGUAGUAUGGCUGCGCACGUGUUAUGAGCCCUCAACGGACGCGGCAUUUUCUGCGAUAAGUGUCCGUUUAAACCAGCAGUUGUUAAGCCCUCUCAACGAUGCGUCGUUGUAUGACUUCGGGGCCGACUGGUACAAGAUCUUCCUCCGCAUGCCACAGCUUUUGGAGCAUUUCGGAUCCGCCGAAGAGUACAAGGAGAGCGUGCAGGAGGCACUGCGACAGGGCAUGGAGUGGGAGGCUGAAGAUCCGGCGCAGGCAGAGGAGGAAGGGUACGAUCCAGAGGAGGACGGACUCCCAUGGCCUAUGUUCUACGCAGAAUACCACCGAGCCCUUGUUAUCGGACGGAUCCAUAUCGUUGACAAGAAGACGCUGGCCUCUGAGGGUCGGGACGCCGGCAAGGUUCUCAUUGUGUUCUAUGAUGAGUGUGGCAGAGUGGUGCGCUCGGCUCGUGCGGACGAAUGGUAUGCCGCGGACAUUACGUACCUGGACAAUUGCUACCUGGAUGAGCAUGGGUGCUGGGUGAAUGGGAGGAUAGGAAAGGAUUAUGACUGGGGAGGUCCAUUAGGUCCACCAUAUGGCGAGGAUGGUGAAGAUGAGGCCGAUGAGAGCGGUGAUGAAUGA